AUGGCAGCCCCUCUGAACCUCCCCUUCGCCAUCCUCAACGCGUUCUCAACAUCGCUGAGCGGCGGAAACCCCGCAGCCAUCAUCCGCACAACGCCCGAACAGAACGCCCAACUGACGGACGAACAAUGCCUGACCGUCGUGCGUAACCUCAAUCAGCCGAUGCAGAUGUUCAUCACUCCUAAGGCAGAUGCGCCGGGCGGGUUCAGCGUGCGAUGGUACACACAGGUCAGGGAGAACAUGUUGUGCGGGCAUGCGACGCUCGCCGCGACUGGGUUGUUGUUCGGCGAGCAGAAGGAAGGCCCGUUCUUCGUUCAAGGCGCCAAUGCUCUGAAAGCACUCGACUUCAACGGGAAAGUCAACUCGUUGGAGGGUGCUAAGGUUGAGGAUGGGAAGGUCGAGAUCGCUCUUCAAGCGGCGCAGGUCGACGAGUUGGACCGCGAGGACCCUCGCGCGGUCAAGUUGCGCGCUGCUGUAGCCGCUGCUGUGGGCGCCGAUGUCGGUGUCAUCUAUCUUGGUGCGGGUGCAGGGUCAUAUGCGGCCUACUGCCUGGUCGAGCUUGAUGUGGAGGAUUUGGGUGCACUGAACGUCGACCAUGUCGCUCUGAAAGAAUCCGGCUUUGUUACGAACGUCUUCACUGCCCGGCCCAAGGCCUCUGAACGCGAAGCCGGCGUCGCGUUCGAAACGCGCAUGUUCGCGCCCACCGUCGGCGUUAACGAGGACCACGUCUGCGGAUCGGCGCAUGGUUUGCUCGUUCCGUACUGGGAUCGGAAACUUGAUAGUAAGGGCCAGACGAUGCAUUCGCACCAAGUUAGUGCGCGGGGAGGGGAUCUUUGGGUCACCCUCGACAGCGAGAAAGGACUGGCGAGGCUGGCAGGGCAUGUCGUCAAGGUCGCGGAGGGGACAAUCUUGGCAUGA